CAGAUACAACAUACCGCUCGCUCUUGCCAUGCUCGGUCAAGGCAGGAGUGAAGCAGAGCAGGUCCUAACUCUAUGCCUAGGGACCCAGGUAUCUACCUAGGUAGGUAGGUGCUACUACGUGCUAUGUAGCUAUUGAUGUCGGACCAAAAGACGCGAAGCGAAGUCCGCUCCAAAGCGCGAGGCCGCCGAGUUGAUUUCCUCGAUAUCCCAAAACUACACCGUAGUGUACGAAUACAACGCACAAGAACAACUCGCUGCGCGCGAAACUAUGGCAAAACCGACGACCCCCUCUUUCCCCCGUUGCUUCUCCCACUUCCCGGCUGCCUCUCCGCUACUGCGAUACUGGUUAGUAGGUAUCUUAAGUAUCUUAACACGGUCGCUCAAAUCAGAGAAAUCGCCCGGCUGGAUGAGCCAGGUCGGAAUAGUCGCCGCCAAUCCUCAAACACGGGUAGCCCCUAACACUGCCUCCUCCUUGGGAAGCACCCACAUCCUGUUCUACCCUUUUUUUUUCUUUUUUUCCUUUUUUUCCUUUUUCGCCUUUCUGUCCACUUUUUUCUUUUUUCUCCUUUUCCCCUCGUUGUCGCUAAACUCCAACCCACCGCUUUGCCGGAGUCUUUCCCCUGUCGCCAAGUGCAAUGCUGUUCCGCUCUCCUUCCGCGCCACCCGUGGUAGGUGAUCGGCCACCUUAAACUGAACCGAGCAAAUUCAGGAGUC